AUGAACGCGCAGCCGCUGCUGCGCCAAUUCCUGCGGCCCGUAAGCACCGGCCUGCGCAAUCUGUCCGAAUCGACAUCGCGGCGCCCUCAAUGGCGCUGCCCGCAAUGCACGGCGCGGAAAAGGCCGCUGCAGCUACACCAACGCCGCUUCCAGAGCUCGCAGCCCGGCCCACAGCCCGGCGACGACCCCAGCUUCACCUCCAUCGUUGACCAACCGGCGCAACUGGUCAAGACCGGACGGAGGCAUGGGCCCGGCCUGAUCAUUCUAGCACUCAUCCCCAUCACCGCCUUCGCGCUCGGGACCUGGCAGGUGCAGCGACUGGGCUGGAAGACGGACCUGCUCGCGCGGCUGGAGGACCGGCUGAUCCAGCCGCCGCUGCCGCUGCCGCCGCGCAUCGACCCGGACGCCAUCGCCGACUUCGACUACCGCCGCGUCCACGCGACGGGCGUGCUGAACCACAGCAAGGAGAUGCUCAUCGGCCCGCGCCUCAACGACGGCGACGACGGCUACCUGGUCGUGACGCCGCUCGAGCGCCCCGGCGAGGACGGGAAGCAGCAGGGCCAGACGGCGGCGAUACUGGUCAACCGGGGCUGGAUCCCCAAGGACAAGAAGCUGAAGAAGGAUAGGGAUCCCGCGGCGCUGCCGCGGGGCGAGGUCACGGUGCAGGGCUUGCUGCGCCAGCCGUGGAAGAAGAAUAGGUUCACGCCCGAAAACAGGCCCGAGCAGGGCGUGUGGUAUUUCCCGGACGUCUCCGAGAUGGCCGAGUGGGCGGGCACGCAACCGGUGUGGAUUGAAGAGACUAUGAAGCCGGACCUUAUUUUGUCUAUGGACCGGGCGGCCAAGGGCAUUCCCCAGGGUCGGGCGGCGGAAGUCAAUAUUCGCAACAACCACACGCAGUAUAUCUUCACAUGGUACGCCCUUUCCGCUGCAACAUCCAUCAUGCUUUGGAUGGUCAUCAAGAAGCCCACUCGUGGCGUUGCGCGCCGUGUUCGCCAGAGUAGGGAGUGGUAG